AGGCCUUCCCCUGCAGUCUCCCAUGUCACAAUGGACUCCUGAAUGUGGCCUAGCCUAUCCCCUGGCAGCGGAUAUGAAGAGUGACGUCUCCUCUGGGGCACCAAAGAGGCAGGAGAGUCUGAAGGGGGCCCUCUUGAACCCUCAACCCAUGGAGGCCACCAAAAGCUUCCCGGAGGAGGUGGAGAUGAUUGCCGGCAAAGUCGGUGGGGAGGACUUCUCCCACUUGUGUGGGGACUCUCAGAAGCAGAAGGAGGUGAACGGGAGCCGGCCAGAGCAGGAGACGAUCGUCAUGCGGAAGAAAUGCAAGAGCCAGCAGGCUGGCCCUUCAUACGUGCAGAGCUGCGGCGGCAAGGCGAACCCGCGCCUCUUGGGAUUGAGGCAGCGCCUCGACACUCAGAGCGAGGACAACGACUCCUCUUUCAGCGAGUGCGUGUCCUCGCCCUCGUCCAGUUUGCAUUUUGGGGACUCCGACACGGUGACCUCCGAUGAGGACAAGGAGGCCACCCCCGCCAGGCACACGCGGGCCGUGCUGAGCGCUUCCAGCAGAACUCACGGCUCUCGGCCGCAGAAGUGGCCUCGGACAGAACCGGAGCCCGUGCCGGGCUUGCUGAUGAAAAGGCCCUGCUUCCCCAGCAGCGGCUCCUUGCGGAGGCUCCCCUACCGGAAGAGGUUUGUGAAAACGAGCUCCUCGCAACGGACUCAGAACCAAAAAGAGCGGAUUUUGAUGCAGCGGAAGAAGAGGGAGGUGCUGGCGAGGAGGAAGUAUGCCCUGCUGCCCAGCUCCAGCAGUUCCAGCGAGAACGACCUGAGCAGCGAAUCCUCCUCCAGCUCCUCCACCGAGGGAGAGGAAGAGAUCUUCGUCUCGACUGGUGAAAACCACCAGAAUGCUACUGCUGUGCCCUCAGGGAGUAUCGAUGAAGAUGUUGUGGUGAUCGAAGCAUCCUCCACUCCCCAAGUCACUGCCAACGAAGAAAUUAACGUUACCUCAACAGACAGUGAAGUAGAGAUUGUAACGGUCGGUGAAAGUUACCGGUCCCGUUCCUCGCUGGGGCAUUCGAGGUCCCACUGGGGUCACAGUUCCAACUCCCACGCCCCGCGAUCGCAGGAGCAGCGGAACCGCAGCAGGAUUUCUACAGUCAUACAGCCGCUGAGGCAGAACGCAGCAGAGGUGGUGGACCUCACAGUGGAUGAAGACGAGCCCACCGUGGUGCCAACCUCGUCCUCCAGAGGGGAUGCCCCACCUGCCGCUGCUGCCCCCCCCAGCGAGAGCGCCAGCAGAGCCGCCGCGGAACAGGCCCCCGAAAUCCUUUCAAGCGUCUCCAGCAGCCAGUCGGUGGUGGCCCCGGAGCCUUUGGUCUCCCUCGCAAACAGCAGCGCCACCGGGAGCUCAGCGGGAGAUGAGGGGAGAGGAAACCCCUCCAGCUCCACCCUAGACCCCGGCCCUCCCGCCCUGCCCCGGCUGCCCUCGUGCUGCCCCCAGCACUCCCCCUGCAGCGGUGGGUCUUCGCAGAGCCACCCGGCCCUCGGACACCCUCCCGCCAGCUGUUUCCAGCCGCACAGCCACCACUUCCCGCAGCAGCAGCAGCAGCACCAUCACCAUCACCACCCCCACCCCAGCCCUCACGCCAGCGUCCCCCUCUCGCCGCCUUUCAGCGAGUCCAGCUGCCCCGCGGAACGGCCCCCAGCGCCAGCCCCGGGCGGGCCAAGCGGGACUUCCAGCGCUGCUUACCACGACCAGCAGGCGCUCCCCGUGGACUUGAGCAGCAGCGGCAUCCGGAGCCACGGAAGUGGCUCUUUCCAGGGCACCUCCGCCUUCGACCCCUGCUGCCCGGGGUCUUCCUCCCGGACGUCCAUCUACGGCCACCAGGCCGGCGCUGCUCCCAGUCACCCCAUCGCCCUCGACGGGUACGGCGCAAACAUGGUCGCUCAGCCUCAGGCUCCGCCCCCGGCUUCGCUGUCGUCCUGCCGGCAUUUCAUGCACGCGCCUUACGCUUCUUUGACUCGGCCUCUUCACCAUCAAGCUUCCGCCUGCCCCCAUUCCCACGGCAACCCUCCUCCGCCCCCCGCCGCCCCGCCCCAGCCCCCGCCGCCCCAAGUCGACUACGUGAUCCCUCACCCAGUGCACCCCUUCCACCCCUCCCUCGCCUCCUCUCACCCCGCCCCGCCCCCUCCCCACCCCUUAGCCGGCGCCGCUGCACCCAUCCCUCAGCACCUCCCGGCGGCCCCCCAGCCCCUCGCCCACCACCUCCCCACCGCGGCACCUUCUGCCCAGAGGCUGCAUCCCCAUGAAGUCAUCCAGAGGAUGGAGGUCCAGCGGCGCAGGAUGAUGCAGCACCCCACGCGAGCGCACGAGCGGCCUCCGCCGCACCCCCACCGCAUGCACCCCAAUUACGGCCACGGGCACCACAUCCACGUGCCCCAGACGAUGUCUUCGCACCCCCGACAAGCUCCGGAGAGGUCCGCUUGGGAACUGGGAAUCGAAGCAGGCGUGACGGCAGCCACCUACCCGCCCGGCCCUCUGCACCCUCACUUGGCUCACUAUCAUGCCCCGCCCCGACUUCACCACUUGCAAAUCGGGGCUCUUCCUUUGAUGGUUCCUGACAUGGCGGGCUACCCUCACAUCCGUUACAUUUCAUCGGGAUUGGAUGGAACUUCAUUCAGAGGCCCUUUCAGGGGCAAUUUUGAGGAACUGAUUCACCUGGAAGAGCGACUGGGAAAUGUGAAUCGUGGGGCUUCUCAAGGAACUAUCGAAAGGUGCACGUAUCCACACAAAUACAAAAAGGUAACAACUGAUUGGUUCUCACAGAGGAAACUGCACGGCAAACAAGAUGGAGAGGAAGGAACGGAGGAGGACACAGAGGAAAAGUGCACCAUUUGUUUAUCUAUUUUAGAGGAAGGUGAAGAUGUCAGGCGCCUCCCUUGUAUGCAUCUUUUCCACCAGGUGUGCGUUGAUCAAUGGCUCAUCACGAACAAGAAGUGCCCCAUUUGUAGAGUGGACAUUGAGGCUCAGCUGCCCAGCGAGAGUUGACCCCCUUCCCCCCCCCCCCAGCCCUCCUCACGCUCCUGUCUUCACGCCCAUCCUUCCUGGUACUGCAGUCAACCAAAGAUGGCAUGACCUACCUUUGCAGAUGUUGGAAGCAUUUGAACCUUGCUAGAGAGUGCUAUGUGUCUGCUCUAUGGUAUACCUAAUGCUAAAACCUACAGUUCCGUGUAUUUAUAAAGCUUACUUUUCUUCUCUCUCUCUCUCUCUCUUUUUUUUUUUAGAAUUUACAAUUUCCCCCAACUCUUAACCACGGUUCCCUGUAAUUUUGCAUGGUCCUUCCUAUUGCAUUUCUUUGCACAUGUUAUGGGCUUAAGUCACCCUCCCAAACUUGCAGGCAAGACUUAAUCUGCUUUAGAAAGUAGAAUUGUGUGGUCUGGCUUUGUUUUUGUUUUUUUUACAUAGAGUUGAGCUUUUCAGAAUAUGAUUUCACUCAUUUACUAACAUCAGAGACCUUAAUUUAAUCAUGUAUUUUAGUUUUUAAGUGUAUAAAGAUCAAGACGAUAAUUGUGUUUUUUAAGACAUUCCCUAAUUAGGAAAAAACCCCAACAACGCUGCUGUAUUCUUAUGUCGGGCAGAAAUGCCAAGCGCUUUUCUUGCGUCAGUGCCACUUAAAAUGAACUGGAGCUACGCGAGAGCACCGCAGUGCUGGUUUAUUCCAAGUUGGCCCCUUCGGCAAUAACUGGGGACACGACCUUCUCAUCUCAGGGGUCAUCCUCGGUUCCUGGAGCAUCCCUUUCUGAUCACGUGUUCAUGUUCUGAAGCCUUCAGCAUAAUGCAGAUUUAUUUGAAUGUCAAUAUUAAAACAUUUAGACUGCUGUCAGAUUGGAUGUACCAUUUUCUUACGUCUAGCCAUUUUUUGGGGGGGGUGGGGGCGUCCCUCUAAUGUAAUAAUUUUGCUGCUGUGAAACAGCUCUUGUGAACACUAAAUAUUUGAUUUCAACUAGCUGGAUUGUGUAGAUAGAUGCGGAUUGAAUAAAUAAGUUUGUAGGGGAAAUGGGGGAGAUCCCUUCUGGGGGGGGGGGCUCCUCAGUCAUGCUAAAAAUUCACCUGAAAAUCUGCACAAAAUGGUUUUGUAAAAAAGAAAAAAAACCCACAAACAUUAAAUCAUGACCUAGAAUUUACAUUUCUUAUAGCAGAUUUCCAUGACUUCAUAGAACUUUCGAGGUCCCCUGCUCAGUCACGGGCCUCCUAUUUUAUUUUUUAAUUUUACGGUUAAUAAAAGUUAGCUGAAUCCA